GGUGGGGCAGGGAAGACCAAGGUGGUGUGAGCUGGGGGACCGCCUGUGGCCGCAGUCCCUGCCAGUCCUAUCUGGGAUCUGGGAUUGUUCUGUGAGCAACUUAGGAGUCAGACAGCAGGAGAUCACCGAGGAGAGAGCUGGCCCUGCGGACCAACAGCGUCUGCAGCCCGCGGCUGCCGGCCGGCACACACAGCCAGACCCAGGGCGGCCCCUCCUGGCGGCUCUGCUCCUCCCAAAGGAUGCUUUGGGAGUGAGGCGAGGCUGGCCACUGCUCGCCCUGCAGCCCUCUCUCGGUCCUCCCGAGUCCCUGGGAGCCUGGGAUAGCACAGCCUUCUGCCUAGCUGUUGCCUGUUUCGGGCCCAGCGAAGUCUUACUGGUAACAAGGAAAAGGCAAGUAAGGAGGACUUCCUGGAGGGGGUGACAGCCCACAGUCUGAGACGUGUCCACACCAGACUCCAUUGGCAACAAGGUACCUGAACCUUUCAUCUGCCAGAGAUGCCAGCUUCUCCACCCCAUGUUGGAAAGGGCCGUCCCUUGAGAGAGCCAGCAGAUUGGAAAGUUUCCCAUGUCAGAGAUGAAAAGGGCUUUCAGGCCAUCAUGCAGCCUCCAGGUGUGAUGCCAGCUCCGGUCCUCCAAGGCCAGUUGCUGUUACUGUCACUGCUGUUGCUGCUGGGACCACAGAUCUCCCAAGGCCUGGUCAUGGUGCCUGCAGGCCCAGAGCUGGUUCUCAAUCUCUCUAGCACCUUUGUUCUGACCUGCUUGGGUUCAGCUCCAGUGCUGUGGGAACGAAUGUCCCAGGUACCCCAACAGGAAGUGGUCAUGACCCAGGAUGGCACCUUCACCAGCAAACUGACACUGACCAACGUCACUGGGGGAGACACAGGAGAAUACUUCUGCACCUACAACAGCUCCCUUGAGCUGGAGUCCAGUGAGCGGAGGCGGCUGUACAUCUUUGUGCCAGAUCCCAGUAUGGGCUUCCUCCCCAUAGACCCUGAGGAUGUAUUUGUCUUUGUCACGGAAAUCACUGAGACCACCAUCCCAUGCCGAGUCACAGACCCCCGGCUGGUGGUGACGCUGCACGAGAAGAAAGAGGAUGUUCCUCUGCCUAUCCCCUAUGAUCACCAACGAGGUUUCAUUGGUACUUUUGAGGACAAGACCUACAUUUGCAAAACCACCAUUGGGGACAGGGAAGUGGAAUCCGAUGCCUACUAUGUCUACAGCCUACAGGUGUCAUCCAUCAAUGUCUCUGUGAAUGCAGUGCAGACUGUGGUACGCCAGGGUGAGAACAUCACCAUCAUGUGCAUCGUGACGGGGAAUGAGGUGGUCAACUUUGAGUGGAUGUACCCCCGAAAGGAGAGUGGGCGGCAGGUAGAGGCAGUGACGGACUUCCUCCCUGACAUGCCAAACCACAUUCGCUCCAUCCUGCACAUCCACGACGCUGAGCUGGGUGACUCAGGGACCUACAUUUGCAAUGUGUCAGAGAGUGUGAACGAGCACCGAGACGAGAAGGCCAUCAACGUCACUGUGGUCGAGAGAGGCUAUGUGAGGCUGCUGCAAGGGCUGGACACUGUGGAAAUCGCUGAGCUGCACCAGAGCCGGACACUGCAGGUGCUGAUCGAAGCUUACCCUCCGCCCACUGUCCUGUGGUUCAAAGACAACCGCACCCUUGGUGACACCAGUGUCGGCGAGAUAGCCCUGGCCACACGCAAUGUGUCCGAGACCCGGUAUGUGUCGGAGCUGACACUGGUGCGGGUGAAGGUGGCAGAGGCUGGCAGUUACACCAUGCGGGCCUUCCAUGAGGAUGACGAGGACCAGCUGUCUUUCCGGCUGCAGGUCAAUGUCCCUGUCCGUGUGCUGGAGCUGAGCGAGAGCCACCCUGCCAAUGGGGACCAGACAGUCCGCUGUCGCGGCCGAGGCAUGCCCCAGCCACAUGUCAGCUGGUUUCUCUGCAGAGACCUCAAAAGGUGUCCGCACGAGCUGUUGCCCACGCCUCUGGGGAACAGUUCUGAAGAGGAGAGCCAGCUGGAGACCAACGUGACAUACUGGGCUGAGGAGCAGGAGUACGAGGUGGCGAGCACGUUGCGCCUGCGCCAUGUGGAUCAGCAGCUGUCGGUGCUCUGCAUGGUGCACAACCUGCUGGGCCAGGACGUGCAGGAGGUCACCGUGGUGCCACACUCCCUGCCCUUCAAGGUGGUAGUGAUCUCAGCCAUCCUGGCCUUGGUGGUUCUCACCAUUGUCUCUCUCAUCAUCCUCAUCAUACUUUGGCAGAAGAAACCACGCUAUGAGAUCCGGUGGAAGGUGAUUGAGUCUGUGAGCUCCGACGGCCAUGAGUACAUCUAUGUGGACCCCAUGCAGCUUCCCUAUGACUCCACGUGGGAGCUGCCAAGGGACCAGCUUGUGCUUGGACGCACCCUCGGCUCCGGGGCCUUCGGGCAGGUGGUGGAGGCCACAGCUCACGGGCUGGGUCACUCACAGGCCACCAUGAAAGUGGCUGUCAAGAUGCUGAAAUCCACGGCCCGUAGCAGUGAGAAGCAAGCCCUCAUGUCAGAGCUGAAGAUCAUGAGUCACCUAGGGCCCCACCUGAACGUGGUCAACCUGCUGGGGGCCUGCACCAAAGGAGGACCCAUCUACAUCAUCACUGAGUACUGCCGCUACGGCGACCUGGUGGACUACCUGCACCGCAACAAGCACACCUUCCUGCAGCACCACUCGGACAAGCACCGCCCUCCCAGCAUCGAGCUCUAUAGCAACACCUUACCUGUGGGGCUGCCCUUGCCCAGCCCCGUGUCCCUGAGUGGGGAGAGUGACGGUGGCUACAUGGACAUGAGCAAGGAUGAGUCAGUGGACUACGUGCCCAUGCUGGACAUGAAGGGAGACAUCAAAUACGCAGACAUCGAGUCCUCCAACUACAUGGCCCCGUACGAUAACUACGUCCCCUCCGCCCCUGAGAGGACCUACCGGGCAACUCUGAUCAAUGAGUCCCCCGUGCUCAGCUACACAGACCUCGUGGGCUUCAGCUACCAGGUGGCAAAUGGCAUGGAGUUCUUGGCCUCCAAGAAUUGUGUCCACCGAGACCUGGCAGCCAGGAACGUGCUCAUCUGCGAAGGCAAGCUAGUCAAGAUCUGUGACUUCGGCCUGGCUCGAGACAUCAUGCGAGACUCGAACUACAUCUCUAAAGGCAGCACCUUCCUGCCCCUGAAGUGGAUGGCCCCGGAGAGCAUCUUCAACAGCCUUUACACCACUUUGAGCGACGUGUGGUCCUUUGGGAUCCUCCUCUGGGAGAUCUUCACCUUGGGUGGCACCCCUUACCCAGAGCUGCCCAUGAAUGAGCAGUUCUACAAUGCCAUCAAGCGGGGCUACCGCAUGGCGCAGCCCGCUCAUGCCUCCGAUGAGAUCUAUGAGAUCAUGCAGAAGUGCUGGGAAGAGAAGUUUGAGAUCCGGCCUCCCUUCUCCCAGCUGGUGCUGCUUCUGGAGAGACUGCUGGGUGAGGGGUACAAAAAGAAGUACCAGCAGGUGGAUGAGGAGUUUCUGAGGAGCGACCACCCAGCCAUCCUUCGGUCCCAAGCCCGCUUGCCUGGGUUCCAUGGCCUCCGGUCUCCCCUGGACACCAGCUCUGUCCUCUACACUGCCGUACAGCCCAAUGAGGGUGACAAUGACUAUAUCAUCCCCCUGCCUGACCCCAAACCUGAGGUUGCUGAGGAGGGCCCACUGGAGGGCUCCCCCAGCCUUGCCAGCUCCACCCUGAAUGAAGCCAACACUUCCUCUACCAUCUCCUGUGACAGCCCCCUGGACCCUCAAGAGGAGCCAGACCCAGAGCCCCCGGCAGAGCCAGAGCCGGAGUUGGAGCAACCUCCGGAUUCAGGCUGUCCCAGGCCCCAGGUCGAAGUGGAGGACAGCUUCCUGUAGGGGCUGGUCCCCACCUCAGCCUGAAGCUGCUCUGCAACCCAGUGUCCAGCCCCUCUUGGCCCAGCCCGGGCUUCUGUCACCAUGCUGGUGCUGCCAGCUGUCCCCUUGUGGAAGGCUUUUGUUCUGACCUGCUGUGCUCCAAAUCCUGGGGCUGGCUCACGAGGCAAAAGACUGUGUGGACCACGUCCAGGCUCUGCUUCUGGGGAGAUCCUGUGACUCUAAGCCAGGGUACCCCCACAGGACUCGGUUUCCCCAAAUGUAAGAUGAGAAGUUGGAUUUAGUCACCUGUAAUCUGCCUGGAAUGUCCCUGAGGGACAAUGGGGCUGUCAGACUCCCUGAGGAGGUUCUUGGGUGAAUGAGGUGCCACAGUAAUAGCUUUCUGCUCAGCCAGCUGCCCCUCAGGAAGCUGCAGCUCUGAUCUGCCUAAGAACUGGGGAGGACACCCCACAUCCCGGCUCCUGGCGGAGCUGGGCCUGCCUUGGACAGUGCUCCGCUGCCCAGAAGCCACUUCUCUCGAUGCCACUCUGCUUUCCCAGGCCCAAGCUGGUUUGGGGCCAACAUGCUUAAUGAACGCUCUUCAUAAGUGCUGGGGGCUGAGCCACAUAAGGACAACCUGGCCUGUAGCCCCUGCCCAGAACACAUGGGACAAACCUGGCCAGAGGAAGUCCCAUGUCUUCCAGGCCGCACUGGUCCUGUGGCUUUCCCCAUCACCCCCAUCUUAAUCUGCCCACGAGCCUGCAUCAGUGACAAGUGUGUUGAUGCAGUAUCUGGCCCUGACUCUGCACUGGACUUUCUGUGACACCGUGAUGGAACCCCUCACCCUCUCUGGGCCCUAGUUUUCUUUCGCCUUGUAUCGUCAGCAAGUUGGACUCAUUAACUUUGAGUGCCAUGUCAACACUAAUAUUCUAGAGGGUUCCAGGGGGUUACACUUGUCCAGAUAAAGCGAGGCCAGGUACCCCACAGCCAGCUGGGCUCUGGGGAGAUUCCAGAUCACACAUCACACUCCAGGGAUUCAGGAACUGUGCCCCUUCCUCAGCCCCUCUGCAGCUGCCUGGACCUUGACUUGGUUUAGCAGCUGGUGUCCUGGAAAGCCCCCAGCAGCUGCCCAGGGACAAGGGCAUCACGAGCCUUUCAGCAUCUGCAAUGAACUCUUAAGCUAUCCUGAACAAGGUCAGGCAGAGAGUCCACAUGGGCUCACCGCAUGCAGCCCACCACUGCUGUGGAGGUAUGUGACACAGAAGCGAUGCACGGUGAGGACAGUUAUGUCCCGUGAAGGACAAGAAGCUUAAGGUGGACACCUCAGUAAAGGAAUAUGAGAAAUGGGUACUUAGGGGUUCCCUUCUCAAUUGCCAGCUGUCCUGUCCCUGAGGGAGGACCCUGUAGAGAUAUAGUUUUGCCCAGGUCUAGCAGUGACACCUUAUUGUCCUCAAAUGAGUGGACACUGGAGGUGCCAGGUGAGUGAGGAAUGUGGCUGACAUGCGCCAGGAGGGGAGGGCUGGAAAGGAUGAGAGAAGCUCUGCAUUCUGGGCACCAGUGCCCCAUGCUGGCUGGCAUCUCCCAGCCCGGGGCCCCACCACCUGGCCUGAGAUCAGGGAGUGGGUUCACACUACGGUACCAAAGAUAUAAUCACCUAGGUUUACAAGUAUUUUUAGGACUCACAUUAACUCACAUUUAUACAUCUGAAGUGCUAUUUUGUAUGCUGUUAAAUUUUCCUAUCUGUGUACUUUUCUAAGGGAAAGAUUUUAAUAUUAAACCUGUUGUUUUUCA